AUGGCCUUGGAGUAAGUCAAACAUUGUGCCUGUUGUUUAUCUUCUCCUCCCUUUCUCGACUCUCUCUCCGUUGUAAACGUAGCGUACGACCUAGGGAUCGAAUAGCUAGAGCUAGGCGAUUAGCGAGAGAGAGAGAGGGCGAAGACGGAGAAGUGUGCUGUCUUCCUUUUAGUAAUGAGACCUGACACUCCCACAAGCUCUGCAGGCUUCGUGGAGGGGCCCAUGAUUGCCCUCCCCCGACUCCCUCUUUUGCUCUGCGCCAUCCCUGCCGCAUGGCUCGACCCGACCGAGCGCGUCUGAGCAUGACAGAAAGCAACGCAUGCACGGAGGGGAGGAGAAGGGGAAGGGCUGAGCCUCAGCUGACACAAUUAGGAGAGAGCUUGUUUUUUCUUCCUGAAGUUGCAUCCCAGGAGCUCCUGAGCAAUAAAUGAUCCCCAACCUCACCUACCGAGCUAGCUAUCAGCUGCAGAGGAGAAGAGAAGACACCGAGAGAGAGUUGUAAUGGCGGUGGGGCGAGUCGCAGGGCGUGGGAGGGGUGAAACAUGACCUUGUCGGUGGUUAUGGAUUCUCCCCUCUCCUACUCUUCUUCCUCGCCACUGUUUCUUACUCCGUCUUAAAUUAAUUAACGAGUUUAGUAAAUGGAAUUUAGGAAGGUGGAGCUGACGGAGGAGGUCUACAGCCCGGCUCCUCUGCAGCAGUCUGCCUUCGCCAGGGCUCUCCCUUCUCCUCCUUCGUCCUCGUCUGCGCUAUUCUUUGCCAGAGGAGGCGAGGCUAUGGGCUCGUCGUCCCUGGCCCAGAAGCCCAGUUACAUUUCCGUAGCCCCCCCUGCCGCCGACGGGAUGAGGCCGGAAACGGAGCCGAGAUACCGGGAGUGCCUGCGGAACCACGCGGCCAGCGUCGGCGGCCACGUGCUCGACGGCUGCUGCGAGUUCAUGCCGAGCGCCGGCGAGGCGCUCCGGUGCGCCGCCUGCGGCUGCCACCGGAGCUUCCACCGGAAGAGCGACGGCGAGAUGUGCGAGCUCCGGAACGGCGCCGCGACGCCGCUCUUGCUUCCGCCGCCGGCGGCCCACGGGCACCCGAAGGCUUUCGGCGCCGCGUCCGGCCUGAUGGUGCUGGCUGGGAAUAGCUGCGCCGGAGCGGCGGCGGCGGCGGCGGGAACGGAGUCGUCGAGCGAGGAUCUGGCGGCGCAGCGGCCGUUCGUGGUGUCGAGGAAGAGGUUCCGGACCAAGUUCACGACGGAGCAGAAGGAGAAGAUGCUGGCGUUCGCGGAGAAGGUGGGGUGGCGGAUGCAGGGCGGGGACGAGGGGGCGGUGGACCACUUCUGCGGCGAAGUCGGCGUGAGAAGACAUGUGUUCAAGGUGUGGAUGCACAAUAACAAAAGCUCACUGAAGAAGCAAAACCACCAGCAACAGCAACCGCAGCAGCAGCAGCAGCUUCUGGAAGAUGACGAAGAGGAAGAAGAACACCAGAACCAGCCGAUCCACCACCACCGCCACCAAUAAAUGCCAGUGGACUGAGAAGUCUACUUUCAAUUACUUCGAUUUACGAUCAUGUUGUAGCAUUAAUUUCGUAGUUCUUGACUUUUAUGUACUAGGAACGAUCGAACGAGUCGCUGUGUGACAUACUGCUGAGGCAUGCCGUUCUUUAAUGAAGCUGGAAUCAAAAGGAUCGAGCAAUUGCAAAAA